CUCUCUCUCUCUCUCUCUCUCUCUCUCUCUCCCUCUCUCUCUCAUCACAUACUUUGUCUGAGGAGCAAACACAAUCUGAAAAACCUUGACUACUGCAGCUUACUGCCACACACACACACACACACACACACACACACACACCAACUCACUGCUGCCUGUUCACAGAGGACGUCAGUCGCAGCUCUGCAACAGGGGGAGUAAAUGUCUGCAAGAGAGAACUGAUCACACCAGAAGGUUGAAACCUGUCGUACUACGUCUCCAAAACCACCAUCUGGGACCAAGAGGGAUGGAGGGAGAGGGCUGUAAUCCUGGGGUAUCUAUAGAUUCAGGUAACCCCUUGCUAAAAGCAGUCUUCCUCCGUCGCCUGCGACUCACACGGCUGCUUCUGGAGGGAGGCGCUUACAUCAAUGAGAGUGACAGCCAAGGCCAGACACCCCUGAUGGUAGCCUGCAGGACCCAGCAUACCGACGCCCAGAGCGCCAGCCGGGUCAAGCUAGUCCAGUUUCUUCUGGAGAAAGGAGCAGAUCCCAACAUCCAGGACAAGGAAGGUCGCUCUGCCCUGAUGCACGCCUGUCAGGAAAAGGCCGGCGCUGAGGUGACGUCUCUGCUCCUGGCCAGUGGAGCGGACAUUAGCCUGGAAGAUCAGUCCGGGACAUCAGCGUUGGUGUACGCAGUCAUGGCUGGAGACUGGAAGGUUCUGAAGCUGUUGCUCGACACAUGCAAGGCUAAGGGGAAGGAGGUGAUCAUCAUAACGACUGACAAAUUCCCAUGUGGGAAACUGCAAGCUAAGCAGUACCUCAGCAUGCCUCCUCUUAGUCCUCUUGAUCAGACAGACAAAACUAUAUCAGCAGCACCUGCAUCUCCGUCUGAAAUUCAGCUCAUCACUUCCCCCCAGUGUACUUCCUCUUCCUUAUGUCCGCCAAAGCCUGUCUUCUCCUUUAAAGAAGCCCAGUCCUGUGGCGUUAGCUCCCAUCCAUGUUCCCCAUCGCGGUUUCAAAGGCUCGGCCAAGCGGCGCCGCACGGACUGCAGCAGCCCCUCCUGAGGUUGAACUCUGAACCCUGGCUAAAGAUCCCGGCAUCUCUGCUCAGCCAGCAGCCUCAUGCGACCUCGUCUUUAGAAAACGGCACCCAAACUGAGGACCUCUCUCUUAGAAUUCCCAAACUUGAUGAAGACAACAGCACAAAUUCAGCAACUGCCGCCUUCAAAUGGUAUGAAGGAAAAUUGGCAAGGUACAAAGGACUUGAAGGAAAUGCUAAGAAUGAAUGUGGCAAACAAGUUGGACAAAAGAUGUCCUUACCAGGUCUCCUAUCAUCCCACUCUGCCUCCCACCCUAACCUCCAUUCUGUGAACCUUGGAACAGAUUCAAUCACGUCCUCUUCCUCCUUUUCUGGUGGCAAAAGUCUUGGCACUCCACUUCACAGCAUGGCCUCGUCAAGCCUUCAUAGCAUAAUCCAGAGGCGCAAGCUUGGGGCCGACAUCUACAGCUCUGACCCCCAGCUCGCAGUAGACAUCCAAAAUCUCCCUGAGGAGUCCCAGCAGAAAGCGAGAGACCUAACAGAUGGCAAGAGGCUGGCCCCGUUGCGCUGCUCCAGCACGCUGGGCUCCAGGGAGUCACCGUCAACCUCGGGCCCAAGCAGGAGAGUCCUGGCUGGGUUUGAGCGGAGAGGGUCUGGAGCCUUCUUGUUGGACCACAACUCCCAGGUCAGGCCUAGAUCUCUGCCACCUCUCACCCUCAACUCCACCAACAACCCCAUCCUUAAUGUUUAUAACCUCAGCUCCAGUGCCGGAGGUAGUUUCUGUGAGAAAGAGCCUGGCCUUAAAAAUUUCCUUCCCUCUGCUCCUCCCGGGCACCCGAAAGAGCUGACCAAGAGGAUGCUCCUGAGGAGACACUCGAUCCAGACCGAACAGUUCAAAACCACAGCUUGAAAUUGAGCCAGGAGGGAAGAAAAGUUCAUCAGUGUGUUUUAAUGUGAAAUGUUUUUGUUAUGUGAUGUAGUGUCUGUGUAGUGAAACUCAACGAGGGGAAACCAAAGAGGAUAUAGAAGAAAAAUUAAAUAUCCUUCGGUCGCUGUAACAUACAAACUGCAGGUACCUUCCUCUGCUUCAGUGUGCUGUGUGUUGUCUCUGUGCAUGUUGCUUCCCUGUGCAGUUUUUACAUGCAGCACCUCCUUUAAGCUGCUUUAAGAUUUUUUGGCCACUUGGGGGCAGCAGAGCAAGCUAAAAACACAACAUCUGACAUAUUGUCACCUUUUAAAGUUCUUUAAGCUAACAUGUUUAGCUAAGCAAUGCUCCAUUGUGUUUACCAGCUUGUCUCUGUGUCUUUAUUCAGUUUCAUCCUGGACAGAUACUUUAUAGUUGGUUAAUUCAAGCUUUUUAAUGAAAACAGGGCUGAUAAGAGUGGAAGGCAGACUUAAAGGAAACAGUAUUGUUGAUAAACCUCUGUGGAUUAGUCAACUUUCACAUUAUCUAUGAACCAUUUCAUCCAUUGUUAAUAGUUUUAAAGGUAUAAUCAAAACAUGUGAUUUAAAGCUUGCCCCUCCUCCCCCACUCAACAAGAGAAAGAGAGCAGCAGUGGUCGAACGAGCUGUAGAGUAAAUGACAAGAGGGAGCAGGAUAUAAGCUGAACGUUUCCAGCUGAGAAAGCCAACUUGUAUUUUCCUUAUUAAAACUGAUUAUACUGUUUAAAACGUCUAUCAUAAAACAUUAGCUUAAAAUAUCGACACCACUAUUUAAACUUACCUGAAGAGCCAAUCUCCAGAGCUCAACUUGCCAGGCAAUGUCUUUUUUUGCCAUUAUAAUCCUGGUUACUACAUUUUUAUAUAGAUUUUAUAGAGUCCGACCUCACACCCUGUGCACUGCCUAACCACCUCACCACCUCACACGUCUAGUGGUUCAAAGGUGAUGAUUGACAGGGAUUUUGUUUGUAUCACAUUGUAUUUUAGAAGAACCCUACUCAUUAUGCCUUUAAAGUCAACAUGUGCAGAAUUAAAAAUCCCUGACUUUGGUGCCCCCCCACCCCCAGUGGUACUAACCAAACAAUUCACUGUGAAAGACAGCAACAACACUGCUUAAUUUUUCUGCAAACAAAAGCCUUCAGAGCGCUUUCAAAGAUCUUGUUAUUGCUAUUUUACAAUCUAAGUCAAGAGAGGUUGAGUGUUCAAAGUGUUUUCACUGCUAUUUGCUCAAGGAGUCCCAAAUAUGUGUCUGUGAGAAGCCACUGUCGACGCUUACUGUGUAACAACAGCAAAAAGUGUUUAAUAAAUGAAUUUAUUAUAAUAAAAAAGGUAUCACAAAUCAUUUUUAAAGUACAUCACUAUGCAUUAAACAUGCAUAAUCAUUUGAAAGUGUUUGUUUUACCAUAGAUAAAGAAACACCAUAGCACACGUGUGAGUUUGCUUCCAUAAACGGCUAAAAACAUUAAAACAUCCCAUAUAUUUACACGUUUAUAUUAAAAA